AUGGAGCAAGUCGAUCCAAUGGUCAAGGUCAAGGUCAAGGACAUGAUCUGGGACAGGGAGGAGAAGGAUGAGACGACUACUGGUAGUGGUGCCAUCAACAAGUUUGCCGUGUUGAGCAACAUACAGCCGGGUUCUUUGUCCUCGAUGGUCAAGGUCGAGUUUACCGACGAGGAAAAGUCAAGGACGCUCCAGACGGUGGCGAUGACAAGUACUGCAAAGCCGGCUGUACCCAAGGGUCGGCUUACUCUCACGCCGCUGCAGCUUCAAGAACGGGAGCACAAGGCUCGGACGGAGGAUAAGAACAGGCUCGUCCGCGAAGCUCUUAAUCGUAAGCGCUCCAUCGAGCACUCUCGCGACGUGAUGCGGAAGCGAAAGGCCAAGGCCAAGGCCCGCGAGGCAGCCAAGGCCAAGACCGGCUCUGCGGUUGGAAAAGAAGCCAGCCCACCGUCGCGAAAGCGCAAGCGGCCGGUGUCGGCAGACGAGCUAGUGCCGCUCAAGCCGAGCAAGUCGUCGACCGAGGAGGCCAAGUCCAAGGCCCUCACGGUCGUUCACGCCAUGAUGCACACUCCGGCAAUGAGCCAGGGCUUGCUCACACCGUCGCUGCCGACGCCGUCGGCCGCUCGUGGCAUCUUCUCCGCUGGCUUUCCACACUCGCCGUCGCGCCACUCGGGCGGCUCUUUCCCGAGCGCGGGCGGGAGCGGCGCAGGCUUUGAGUCGGACGACGAGGCGACGCUGGACGCAGGCUCUGUGCUUGACUUUGCAUUUGACGACGACGACGAUGACGACGAUGACGAGCCCGCGCCCGCGCCCGCGCCCGCGCCCGCGCCCGCGCCCGCACCCGUGUCCAAGGCUGCGCCCGAGGCCGCGCCCGAGGCCGAGGUGCCGCCGGCCAAGCGGGCCAAACUCCUCAGUCCUCCGCCGUCGCUUCCUGCUCCGCCGGCAGGGUCAGCGCCAGCAGCACCGGCCACCGAUGGCACGACGCUGACGACGACACCUCAGCCGGGCCCGGCGCCAACGCUUUCGCCGGCGAGCGAGACGGUGAGUCCGGCGCCGAAUCUGGUGUGGCGCCGGUACUCGGAGGCGCAUCUGGUGGACUUUCCCCGGGCCGACGACGUGCUCGCCGCGGCGCGGCAGGUGAAGAAGCAGGCGGGGCAGGUGCCUCCGGCGCAGCGAGUCUCCAAGUACUUUGAGGCUGCAGUCGGCUUUGUGGCCGUUGCCUUGUACUACGACGUGAUCGAGGGCGACCGCGAAAAGGCGACGGGGUGGUACCGAUCGGAUCUUGGCUUCCUCGCCUCGCUCCUCGCCGACACCGAGCAGGCCGGCGACGAUGCCGGCGGCGCCAUCGUGGCCGGCAUCAUGGCCGCGGUCCGACUGCGUAUGGCGGUGCUAACGGCCAGCGAGCCCAAGGCCCGGCUGGCGACCAUCAUCGAAGCGCUGCAGAGGAAGCGGACGGUGCCGACGGACGAGACCAGCGGCAUGGCGCGCGCAGUUCAGUCGGCCUCUGACGCCCGCACGGCACUGCAGCUCUCACGGACGGCGCAGGUCAAGGCCGCGGCGUUUCUGGCCGGAUCGUCGCCGCGGAUUGCCACCAUGUCGCCAUCAGUCAACGUGGUGCUGUACAUGCUGGCGUCUGCGGCGCAGUUUGGCGAUCUCGACGCCGUGCUCGACGUGAUGGUGAGCGCGUGGCGUGAGACCCACGCAUCGUCGCCGUGA